AUGAAGGGGGAAGCUGGACGUCAGCGCCAUGAGAAGCCGAAGCAGGAGGGACACAUCUGGGGCUCCAUGCGGAGGACCGCCUUCAUCCUGGGCUCCGGCCUUCUCCUGCUGGUGGCCUUCUGGAACUCCGUCACAUGGCAUCUUCAGAGAUUCUGGGGUGCUUCUGGCCACUUCUGGCAAGCCCAGUGGGAGAGGCUGCUGCUCACAUACGAAGGGAAGGAGUGGAUCCUCUUCGUGACAGGUGCCACCUACCUACCUGUCCUGUCAUUCUGGACUAUCAACGGGCUCCUACUGGUGGUUGACACAACCGGAAAACCCAACUUCAUCUCCCGCUACCGGAUUCAGCUUGGCAAGAAUGAACCGGUGGACCCCGUGAAACUGCGCAAGUCUGUGCGCACGGUGCUGCUCAACCAGCUCCUCAUCUCCCUCCCCAUCGUGGUCCUCCUCUACCCCACCCUCAAGCUGUGGAGAGACCCCUGCCGCCGGGAGCUGCCCACCUUCCACUGGUUUCUCCUGGAGCUGGCCAUCUUCACGCUUAUCGAGGAGAUCAUGUUCUACUACUCACACCGGCUCCUCCACCACCCAGUGUUCUACAAGAAAAUCCAUAAGAAACACCACGAGUGGACAGCUCCCAUUGGCGUGAUCUCGCUCUACGCCCACCCUGUCGAGCAUGUGGUCUCCAACAUGCUGCCGGCGAUGGUGGGGCCCAUAGUCAUGGGCUCCCACUUGUCCUCCAUCAUGGUGUGGUUCUCCCUGACUCUCAUCAUCACCACCAUCUCCCACUGCGGCUACCACCUGCCCUUCCUGCCUUCACCCGAGUUCCAUGACUAUCACCAUCUCAAGUUCAACCAGUGCUACGGGGUGCUGGGGGUGCUGGACCAUCUGCACGGGACAGACACCGUGUUCAAGCAGACCAAGGCCUACGAGAGACACAUCCUCCUGUUAGGCUUCACCCCACUCUCUGAGAGCAUCCCCGACCCCCCAAAGAUGGAGUGA